AUGGAGGCAGCGUUGCGACAAGUGCUGUCGUGCAUCGAGAGGCGCCGAGUAGACGCCGCCGGCGCGGCAAACGAGAGGUUGAAGCAGGCCUGCGCAGCCGCGUGCGCCCCAGGCGCUACGCGGGAGGCGAUCAGCGAGCGCACUUUGGACCGGCUGCUGCGGCAGUGCAUAGAGGGUGACUGCUUGCAUGCGGCGCCCUCCGAACUUCCGCUGGUCGAGCCCAUCAGCUGCGCGGUGCAGCUCGUGCUCAGAGUGCCCGCCGUCGCGGACGCGUUUGUGACAGAGGGCCGCAUGGCCGCACUGAUCGACGCACUGGAGGCGCUAGGCGGGGACGAGGAGGGCGCUGGCGGCGGCCACAGCCCCCAAGUGGACCAACAUCAGUGGGUAGUCAGCUCAAGCCUGGGAGCAGUCGUCACUGUCGCUCUGCAGCGCCGCUGCGGGCCCGCCGGUGGCGGCGCCGGCUCCGUCGUCAGCGCUGACCCCGCGCUCGUGGCUGCAGCGGGGCUGGUCGCGCGGCCGCGCGCCGUCCGGGCGUUGCUGCGGGCGGCACGGCAGCAGGUGUUGGACAACGUUUUCUCGACAGACCCCCUCAGAUUGCUCGACCUGGCGAUCCUCGCCGCUCGAGGCCUGCGGGGUGCUGCGUGUGAAGCUCGUUCGUACGCCGUUGAAGCAGCACCCGGGGCCGUCGACGUGUUCCCUGCCGCGCGAGCGGCCUGGCAGGGCGCCGACGCCGCCUGGCUGCACGCCACGCUGCCGCAGCUGCUGGCGCUGCGGCUUGGGGAGUCGCAGCAGCGGCGGUGGGCGAUCGGCGGGUUGGCCAGCGCGCAUGAAGCGGCGCUGUCUGCCGCGUUCGGCAUGUGCGAGGCGGCUGACGGCUUGGACGAAGCCUUGUCCUUGCAUGCAGAGGCCAUGGGCAUGGUGGCCGCAUGCGUGAGGCCGGGCAGUAGCGCAAAAGUCGCCAAGCCAGCAACGCAGCUCCUGGGCAUCGCGCUUGAUGCCUGGCCGUGGGGCCACCACGGCGCCGGCACAGCACUCGCGGCUUGCUGCAAACCCGACACUCUCGGGGAGCUGCUGCGGCUGAUCGGGCGCGGCGACAUCUGUGGACUCGGCGGUGGGAGUGGCGGGUCGAGGGAGCCCUGCGCGACAAGGGGGGCGGGGGCUUGGAUCUGGGGGACGGACGGCAGACCUGCGGCGCGAGUGCUGGCCACCGUUGCCGCCCAUGAGGCGCUGGCGGGGCGGCCAUCCAGCAUUGCCACCGCGCCCGCGGCCGCAGCAGCGAUCGUGUCGAGCGUGCGCGGCUGGCUGUCAAAGGUCGGCAACCAGGUGCCUGCUGGGAAUUUCUUGGGGCUGCACCACAUCUGCUUUGUGAUUUUGCGUGUUGUUGCCGGGCAUGGUGCAGGCGGUGACGCCUGGGCGGCCACUCUGUGGCGCCUGGGGGCGCAAGAGCUGCUGUUGCGCGCGGUGGUUGAGAUGGAGGCAAUCCGACCAGGGUGGUCGGCGCCCAUCGCAGCAGCACUCUAUUCUGUUGCUUCUGCGCUGCACACUACAGAGCAGCAGCAGCAGCAGCAGCAGCAGCAGCAGCAGCAGCAGCAGCAGCAGCAGCAGCAGCAGCAGCAGCAGCAGCAGCAGCAGCAGCAGCUGCCUGUUGAGCACAGACACAGCAGCAGGUCUGAGGCAGCGGAGCAGAUGCAAGCCACUGCUGCCGCCGCGUUGGGCAACUCUGGUUCUCAAGCAGUCCCACACCUGCUCUGGCUGGCGGUGCUGCGGCCCGGCUGGCGGCCCCGGCUGAUCCAGGCGCCAGGCAUCCUGGAGCUGCUGUCAGCCGCAGCGGCCGACCCAGACCAGGACGAAUGCGAACAGGCGCUUCAAGCCCUCUGCCUGCUGGCUGCGGGCGCGGCGCCGGUUGAGCGCCUGCCUGGCUUUGCGCGCACCAUGCUGGAGCGGUGCGGCGAGCGGCCGGCGGACGCCUUCAACCACCCUGAUCUGCCAGGGGAAGGCGGCGUGGCGGCCGCGCACGAGGUGUUGGAUGUCCUUGCGGGCUGCCAUGAGGCCGGCGGGUGCGCGAGUGAGCGUGCUGCCUCGACUCUUGCCAAGCUGAGGGCUGGCCGCAUCAUGAUUGAGACGGCAGCACAGCAGCAGCUGCAGCUGCAGCAGCAGCAGCAGCAGCAGCAGCAGCAGCAGCAGCGAUGGCAGCGGCCACAGCGGCAGGAGGACCAGCCGGACACGCAGCAGGUGCCAGGAACACGAGCUGCAGGGGACGCGAGAAGGCAGCGCACGCGCAGCGCGUGCGCCGUCUGCGGCAGGACGGCGCGCGAAGGCGCAGAGCUGCGGCGCUGCGCGGGCUGCGGGCGCGUCACCGGGACGCGGUACUGCAGCCAGGAGUGCUGCAGGACGGACUGGGUGGUGAGGGGCCACCGCGCAGUCUGCGAGGCAGCGCGGCGCAGCCAAGCCAACUUGAUCAGUGUCAGGCUGGCACAUGUGUUGAAGGUCAACGACGCCACUGCUGGCUAA